AAACUUCAGACCGCUCUCUCUUCCUUUCGCAGACAAAUACAGAGUCAUGGCUCGACUAGACAUCACUGAAACCUUUCAAAACAUCAUGUUUCCUGGGCACAUGCACACUCAGGACUCCCUGAAUUAUGCUGUCAACUUCAAGUUUCAGGACACAGACACUGUCAUCGUCACCUACCCGAAAUCAGGAACCACAUGGAUGCAGGAAAUCAUCAGUUUGGUUUCGCGUAAAGGAGACCCAACUUUUUCUCAAUCUCAGCCUAACUGGGCCCGUGCUCCGUGGCUCGAGCAGUAUUACUGCCCUCAAGUCCUGCAAGCGUCUACAGGACCCCGAAUUAUUACUACGCACCUGCCGUACGACCUACUGGCACCAGCCUUAAGAGACUCUAAUGCAAAGGUCAUCUAUGUGGCUAGGAAUCCCAAAGACGUGGCUGUGUCCUAUUAUCACUUUCACAAGAUGGCAAACUUUCUGCCCGACCCAGCCACUUUCUCUGAGUUUCUGAGUGACUUCCUAAAGGGAACAGUGCAUUAUGGGUCUUGGUUCGAUCAUGUGAAGGGCUGGACCGGCCGUGCACAGAAUUUUCAGAACUUUCUUUACAUCACAUAUGAAGAAAUGUGGCAGGAUCUUCGUGGGUCUGUUGAGAAAGUAAGUCAUUUUCUUCAGUGUUCUUUGACUGAGGAAGAGCUGACCAAUGUUCAGAAACACUGUAGCUUCAGUUCAAUGAAGGAGAACCCUAUGGUGAACUACACACUCAUCCCACAAGAGAUCAUUGACCACAGCAGGGGCAAGUUCAUGAGAAAAGGUAAAAUCGGAGACUGGAAAAAUAAUUUCACUGAGGAACAGAGUGACCACUUUGAUGCCGUGUACUCCUCUCAGAUGGGAGAUUCUUCACUGCUGUUUAAAUGGGAUUACAUGGAGGAAAUGCCAAAACCCAGAAACACCAUUAUUAGUCCUCUUAGAGAGAUUAGUUUGUGUACAUAAUUUUUAAAAUAUUGUAUUUCACAGUGAAAGAGAUUUUUAUACUUUGAGCUUAAAUGCCCACCAAGUGGGUAUACACUUUUUUCUUCAGUCUAGUUUUAAGGUUUUUUAGUUUUAACAAUAAAGUAUUAACAGAAUGUUUAAUAUGUUACCUUUUUAUUUGUGUAUGUGUGCUACAUACUACAACUAUUUCUGUUUAUUUAUAACAUAUUUAUUUUUGUUAAUAUGCUGCGCAUGUAUCUAACUUAUAUUGUACGUUUAUAAGUAGGCUAAUGAUAUUUGAUGCUUGUUUACCUUUUGUAGAGUGAGACAAUUAUGUCAAAAAACCUGAUAACGUGUGCAAUUGUGAAUUUAGAUUUUUAUAACAUAUGUAGAUCUAUAAUGUUUAUUAAAAGUAAAUAUGCAGGGUAAUGUAGAAAAAUGUGUGAUUUUAUAAUUUCCAGCCUUGAGCAAUCUGUUUUUCUUUCUUAAGCUGUAAACUUUGCUGUUGUUUAUCAUUUGUAAUGAUUUAAUAUAAAGCAGGUGUGUGGUAAGAAAAUAAAACCUACUGGAAAACUUCA